GUCAAGACCGUAGAUCGAGGAAGAGAUAAGGUGACCCAUAGCCAGACCUGGGACAGGGCCAGUUUCCAAAAGUUUGUAAAGACGCGCACCACCCUUGACUCAAGAGCUCCCUGCUCUCCACUGUCCCACCUCUGACUCCUUAAUCUGAGACCAUAGACAACCCAGACCCAAGUGGACCUGGCAAGAGCCUGUGACACUGUCCCCACCCCCAGCCCCAAAGGGGAAGAAAAAAUAAAACAAAACUAAUUCGGUGUUGCGAACGGCUGGCAACCUGUUAGCAGUGGCCGCGGUUGUCGCUCACUUUUCUUACCCAAACAGAGCGAAAUACAGGGCACCUGAGGCAGGCUCUCUGCGGGGCAGAGGAAGCGGAAAGGGUGAGGGACAGAUGCCUAGAUCUCAGAAUCACUUCUGACUCAGAGAGAAUGCGGAUAUGCGGUGGAACACAGGAAAGACAGCCACAAACCCCACCAAAGGUUGCGAAGGAGCCGGGAUGGCAGACCUCUCUGUCCCCGAGGGAAGGACCUUCCCUCCCUCGCCCCGUCCUGCCCCUGACUGAACUCCGCAGCGUCUCCCCAGGGGACACUACCAGGCCAUGGCCCCCAGCCGCGCUCCCCGCCCGCGCACCCCGCGACAGGUGGUGCGGGCGCCGCCGCCGCUCGCCUGGAAAUGCGAGCUACCUGGACAGUGACAUUUCUGAGAAGUCCCGGUCAACUUCAAGAGACAAGAAGAGCCAUGCCUUCAGGGCUUGGCACUGUGCGGACGUUGUUUUCCAGGACUCACAAAAAUCCUCAAUCCCCAGCCAUGGGCAAAAGAUGCAAUCAGGCAAAAAGGUGAAGGCGCCACCACCGCCCUUGUCACAGACGUGGAAGCGAGACCGAGAGCAAUCUCUGGCGGCAGCCUUUGUGCCUGUAGUGGUGGAUCCUCGGGGACAGAACCCGGAUAACAGCAGGUUCAGUUUCUACACCUCCCAGUAUUCCAACUCUCUGAACCCCUUCUACACCUUGCAGAAGCCCACCUGUGGCUACCUGUACCGCAGGGAGACCGACCACACCCGCAAACGUUUAGACGUUCCUCCAGCAAAUCUGAUCUUGUGGCACACCUAGGUCCAUGACAUCUGAAGUCCCCACCUUGCACCUUCAUCCCUGUGCUCCUGGGUCCCAGAGGGAAGGCUAUUUGCAUCUGGAGGAGCAGGGCUUACCUGGGCUAGCCAGGUAAGGCUGUGACAGCAGAGGAGGCUUCUCAACAACAAUAAACUUUGCCCUUCCUUUUCCUGGCCUCUAAA